UUAUGGGCUUCAAACAUUCAAGAGAAUACAUCAUUUUACCUCACAAACUUGCAAUUCAAUCAUCCAACUCGAACAUUUCCCCCCAUCUGUAAACAUAUUCAAGUGUAACUGCUGCAAGCAACAAUUGUAUAUGGAGUUGGUGGACAAGGCCAAGAACUUUCUGGCGGAAAAGGUAGCCAACGUUAAAAAGCCGGAGGCAAGCGUCACGGAUGUAGAUCUGGGUAGCAUCCACCGCGAUCGCAUAGAAUACAAAGCAAAAGUCUCCGUCACUAAUCCCUACUCUCAGCCACUGCCCGUUUGUGAGGUCUCUUACACUCUCAAAAGCGAUGGCAGAGUGAUCGUAUCGGGGAAUAUGCCAGACCCAGGAUCACUGAAAGCAAGCGAUACAACAGUGCUGACCGUGCCAUUGAACGUGCCACACAGUAUAUUGGUCAGCUUGGUGAAGGACGUCAGUAGAGACUGGGACAUAGAUUAUGAAUUGGAGUUGGGUCUCACUUUUGACCUUCCUAUUGUUGGUGACAUUACCAUUCCUCUCUCCACGAAAGGCGAGAUCAAACUCCCCACUCUCUCUGACUGUUUCUUCGGUUCUUCUAAAGAAGAAUAAAUUGAAGCUUUCUUAUGUAUUUGUUGUUGUUUCCAAAAACUAGUUAAUGAAUUAUCAGAUGUCAAAUAUCCUACUGUAUGCAACUUUUUUAAAAAGGUAAAGGAGUUUUAUUAAGAAGCAUGUCAAACCUGAUAACAUCAUCUAGGAACGGAGGAGACGAUUCCCACUCAGUCUCAUUGAGUUUCUAAUAAAUGGAGUGUUACGAUCUGAAAUUUCAUACUGUAUUCAACUUGAUUAUGAAUAUUUCGUCUUAAAAA